GCAUAAGCUUGCCUUUCCCUUCUGUGACUACUCCCCGAGAGGAGGAGCGUGCUGUGCAGCGCAGUAGGCGUCAGGAUCCUCAAUUUCCAACUUAGCAUCUUGGCAGGACGUUUUCCCAAGCAAAGCCCCCAGUCCGAUCGGUGAAAAAAAAAAAAAAACAACAACAGAAAAACCACAAAUAAAACUUCUGCACGGGCAUGAGAGCGACGGUGCAACACAGAUAAAGGAGCAGCGCGGUGAGAACUCCUUCGACCGUCAGAGGCUGGUUGGCUGGCAGCGAUCAAAAAUAAUCCGCCUCUUUUUUUAUUUCGGCUUUUUACUUUUUUCUUUUUUUUUUUUCUUGCUCUCUGCGUUGUCAUCUGCAAGAAGGGGACAGACAGCGGGUUCUGCACUCACGUAGCUCAUAUGCGCUCCGACAGCAGCGCAUGAGAAGACACAAGAAAGCGGGAGAAAGUGCGCAAGUUUAAGUGGCUUCACACUCUCCGGGCUCCAGCAUGGCGUAUCCUCAGGGCUACUUGUACCAGCCGUCCGCGUCUUUAGCCCUGUAUUCCUGCCCUGCUUACAGCACCAGCGUCAUAUCAGGACCCAGAACGGAGGAGCUUGGGAGGUCCUCUUCGGGAUCGGCGUUUGCGCCCUAUGCUGGAUCUACCGCGUUCACCAGCGCCUCUCCGGGCUAUAACUCCCACUUACCGUACAGCGCGGACGCAGCGGCGGCUGCCACUUUCACCUCAUAUGUGAGCUCUCCCUAUGAUCACACAACGGGAAUGGCAGGCUCUAUAGGAUACCACCCUUACGCUGCGCCCCUGGGCACCUACCCUUAUGGUGACCCUGCAUACCGCAAGAACGCAACGCGGGACGCCACCGCCACCCUGAAGGCUUGGCUCAACGAGCACCGAAAGAACCCUUAUCCGACAAAAGGGGAGAAGAUCAUGCUGGCCAUCAUUACCAAAAUGACCCUCACACAGGUUUCCACCUGGUUUGCCAACGCCAGGAGGAGGCUAAAGAAGGAGAACAAGAUGACCUGGACCCCUCGGAACCGGAGCGAGGACGAGGAGGAGGACGAGAACAUUGACUUGGAGAAGAACGAUGACGACGAGCCAAGCAAGCCCAUCGACAAGGGAGACUCCACAGACACAGAAGCAGAUCCCAGACUACUGAACCCAGGGGACAUUGGCUGUGACAGACUUAAAGAAGAGAGCCAUAAAGAAACGGAUCCCCUCUUGAGCGACUCGGAGCUAAAAGAGCAGGAGGAGCGGACUACAGAGCUGCUGCCGGAUUCUGCCAAGCCGACCACCUCGUCUCCACCGGCGGCGCCCCGGGGGAAUCAGGCCGGCGCUCCGCAAGACAAGCCUUCAGAUUUGAGCCUCCCACAGAACACGGUGACCAGCAACGUGACCUCGGUUAUCCACUCCCCCCCUUCAGCCCCGAAACCCAAACUGUGGUCUUUGGCAGAGAUCGCUACGUCUUCAGACAGGUGUAAGGGCAGCGGUGAGGCGCAGCAGGCGUGCCCCGGCUUGGCUCAAAGCGCGGUGCUGGGCACCAACGCGUCUCCGUCCCGGUCCUCCCCCCAGUGCGCGCUCCCCAACAGCACGGUCCUAUCCAGGCCUCUGUACUACACCUCUCCUUUCUACCCUGGCUACACGAACUAUGGUGGCAGCUUUGGACCCAUUCACAGUAACCACGGCUCGGUGACCACGGGCUCCACGACACAUUUCAAUGGAUUAAACCAGACUGUGUUAAAUAGAGCAGAGGCCUUGGUAAGGGAGAGCCAGAAAGUCAGAGGCCAAACACAUGUAGAUCUUUGUAAAGACUCCCCUUAUGAACUAAAGAAAGGUAUGUCAAAUAUUUAAUACCUGAAUAUUUUCCACCUCCUCACGGACUUUUAUUUAUUUUUUAUUUUUUUGUGGUUGCUUAAAAAAAAAAAAGUAAAAACAACAAGAAGAAAGAUGAAGCACAUUCUGAGAAUACAGUUAUUUUCUGAGUAAGUGCUUAUCUUCAAAAUAUGUUUAGUUUCUGAAUGGUUAAUCAUAAAAAAAAUGUAACAAGAAUGGUCUUAAUCGCUGCAGCCGCCUAUUUGUAUGAAAGACUAACAUGUAUAUUUAAUGUAGCUUUUUGUAUUUAAAAUGGACAACACGCUAUCUUUGAAGUAAAUUAUGGAGAAAAAAAA